CUUCUCUCUAUUUUAGAUAAAAAAGACAUCUAUUUUAAUAUUUCUAUUUCUUUCUUAUCUUAACUCUUUCUUUAGUAAAUAAAUAUAUUUAUUAUUAUUUAUAUCAAUAUCUUGACUACAUUUAGACUCAACUUCUUUAUAGUUUAAUCUAUAAAACUUUAACCUUAUAAAAUAAUUAUUAUAAUAAUAAAAUGUCGGGUAAUAAUAGUCUUUCUAGUAAGGAUACUUGGUCUUAUUGUCCUUGUAAAUCUGAAAAAUAUCCUCAAUUUGAUAUCAAGAUGUGUAAUUAUUCUACUUCUCUUGAUCCUCGUGGUUAUAUUCCAGUUUACCAAUAUAAUAUUAAAGAUGUGCCAGUUAUGUGGGAUAGAGAAACAGGAUAUGUUCAUUUCACUGGUAUUUGGAAAAUACUUGGAAACACUAAAACAGAUAUUGUCAAAAUAAUGGAUGCAAAUCCUAAUUUGAAAACAAAAAAGAUUCGAGGUGGCUUUCUUCAAAUUCAAGGUACUUGGGUUCCUUAUAAAGAAGCUCACUUACUUUGUAAGAGAAAUGCUUGGAACGUUAGAAAUGAACUUAUACCUAUCUUUGGGCAAAGUUUUCCUUUUGAAGCUCUUUCUCCUAAUCAUGAAGAUUUUGGUUGUCUUUGGUUAGAUCCGAAAAAGAAAGAUACGAACAAUAUCAAAAAGAAUAGUUCUCUUAUCAAAAAUACUUCUUACACUACCGCUUCCACAAGCCGUAGUAGCAGUAUGAAACCUUACACCAGAUACGAGAUAAGAAAAUCAAUAGUUCGAAGAAAACCUCCUAUGAACUAUAUACCAACCAGACAAAAUUCUCUUUCUUCAACAGAAAGUAAUAUAUCAGCAGUAGCACAAUUUAUAGAUAAAGAUAGCUUACUCAGUGAUGAUAUGAUUUCCUUAUCAGAUGAUUCAUCUUCAGCACACUCCUGCCAAAUCACACCUAUUCAUAAUAAAUUAUCUUUAUUACCUAAUACCUUUCAUACCACAACUACAUCUCAAUAUUCUAUCUGUCCUAAUACAACUAUGCUUAUGAAUUCUUCCACUUUUUUCCCUUUAUUAUCACAUAUAAAUCAGGAGAAGAGUGAAAAAGAAGAUAUAGAAAUAGUUCAAGCAGCUCUUGCAUUACAAAGACUCUCUCAAGAUGAUGGUACAAGGCCCUUUCCACCUUUUGAUACCGAAGCUAUUCCUUCUAAAAUCAUUUUAAAUAAUCAAGAAUUUACUAUCGUUUGGGAUUAAUUUAAUAUUAUUAGUAAAUAUUGAUAUAUAUAUAUAUAUUUAUAUAUUUAUAUGUAUUUAUAUAAAAACUGAUGUAAUAUUUGCCAUUUAAUAAAAUAUGCAUUUGAUAAAA